AUGCAUCUUCUCGAUGUUUACUUGUUUGACAAGAAGGAACCUUCCCUGGCAUUCUUGGAACGCCCCAGAUACAUUGAAACUCAACCAACCCUUUCCAACGCCUAUGCUAUUGCUCUGAACGAGUUGCAAGAGUUGGAGUCAGAGCCUCUGUGUCAUAGGACUGCAGCUCGUCUCCUCGUAGAUAAUUGCCACCUUUUGGCUGGUGAAGAUGAAGCCACCGUCUCGACUGACAGCAGGCGUAUCGCACGGGACUUUGUCGACGCAUACGCUGCUAGUCUUGCCAUCUGCGACUUGGAGCGUGGGGCCUUUAGGAUCCCACACAGCUGCUCCAAAUUCCGAGAGUCCGCAUUGUCCAAGAUGCCUGCUCGUUCCAAGCCGGAUCUACACGUCUCUACGCAGGAGAUUGACAAGUGUCUGGAGGGACUGGCUCAGUCUGACUCUUCCUGGAAUACAUGGGUCAGCUACCGACACAAGGCAGUCCGGUUCUGCGAUGCGGCGCGAGCUGACAACGAGAAAGACGAGAAUAUUCGACUGUACCAGCGUGUCACCAAGAUCCUCGAGAAACUCACAACCGAGAUUGAGACGCACAUACAGAACCAGACGGAUGGCAUGGAGACUGCCUUUGAGCGCACAAGGUCCAAGGUAUACGAUCUGGAGCCGCACCUUGACGCCAUGACAAGGGGACUUGAACACGUCGAGGAUCAAUAUUCAAAGCUGCAUGACAUGGCCGAGCUUUCACAAGAGGUCAUGGACCGUGCUUCGGUCGAGGCCCAGAAUCUUCAGCACAUACUCCACGCCAUGGUUCAACACUUGCAGCAAAAAGCAGGUCAGCUGUCUACGACUUAUGAAACUGCGGUUGGGGAUGUCGUCACACGAGCAAGCUACGAGGCCCAGAGUAUCAUGGUCAUGCUAGCUUCAGCGGCUGCUUCUUCGGCUUCUCUACAAGACGAAAUGUCCCACAGUAGCCAGUCAUGUGCCACUCUUCUUUCCCUCUCUUUUCUUAACCAUUUGCAACUACGUUUAACUACGAAAAGAAAGUACAAUGCUGAUACUUUACAGAGAAUGAAAUUGAUUGAAACCUAUGCCAGCUCCAUCUCGACACGAUACGAAGAACACGGCGAAGCCCUCGCUCUCGCACGACACAAGACGGAUCAGAUUCUCGGAUCCCUCGAUUACGCCGCCGAGUCCGCCGCGUCCUUUCAUAAAUCAUUGUCUGCUAGCUUCACUUUCCGCGGAUGGCUGCCGUACAUUUACUGUCCGCUUAUAUCACUCGUCAUGGGGUCGUACGGUCUUAACCCGUCUCUUCCGAGAAACAUUGUGCUGGCUGGCGUUGGCGAGGUUGUUGGGUUUGUCAUUUCUCAUCUGGACACUACGUGGGCUGGCCCCUACAAGAUGGAUGAGAUGGGUACGGCCACGACCGUGAAUACAACUGGGUGGGGAGGUUAA